UAUGAGUACAAGAAUAUUUUUUGAAUUAUUAAAUGUUUAAUAAAAUUCUUUGAGCUCUUCUAUGAGAAGUUAAUUCACAUGUUAGUCUCAUGCAUCUCUUAAGGGCAAUCUUCCCCUUAUUUAAACCCCUCUUACCACCUCCCCCAUUCUCACUACACCCAUUUCUCCAACCAAGCAAUUAACCAUCUCUCUCCCUCUCUCUCUCUCUCUUUCUCUCUCUAAAAACUCGUUCGUGAUUUCUCUCUCCUCUUAUUAUUGCUAAUACAUCUCCUUUAGUCCUUUGAACACCUUUGAUAUACAAACAACCUAACUAAUACUUCAACUCUACUAAUUAUAUUACCAUUAUGAAUCCGGUAAGCAAUGCCGCUUUCAUAGCCAAAACCACCUCGGCCAACCACGAAGAAUUCUUCGCUAAGCGAUGUGUGUGGGUGAAUGGACCGGUGGUAGUUGGUGCUGGCCCUUCAGGGUUAGCAGUGGCUGCAGGGCUUAAGGAACAAGGUGUCCCCUUUAUCGUGCUUGAGCGAGCCAACUGCAUUGCCUCGCUAUGGCAAAUACGUACCUAUAACCGCCUUAAGCUUCACCUUCCUAAGCAAUUCUGUCAGCUUCCUAAUUUCCCUUUCCCUGAUGACUACCCUGAAUACCCUUCAAAAGACCAGUUCAUAAACUACCUUGAGUCUUACGCUAAGAAAUUCGACAUACAACCUCAGUUCAAUGAGUCAGUGCAGUCUGCUGAGUAUGAUGAAACAUGUGGUCUUUGGAGGAUUAAGACCGCUUUGGGUGCUGAUAACUGCACCAACAAGCGCGAGGUUGAGUAUAUAUGCCGGUGGAUUGUGGUUGCCACCGGCGAAAAUGCUGAAAAGGUGGUGCCCAAGUUUUUUGGGUUCCAUGAAUUUGGUGGUGAUAUUAUCCAUGCAUGUGAGUACAAAUCUGGUGAGCAAUACCGCGGCAAAAAAGUUAUGGUUGUAGGGUGUGGGAAUUCUGGGAUGGAAGUUUCUCUUGAUCUUUGUAACCAUGAUGUUCAACCCUUACUUUGUGUUCGUAGCUCGGUUCAUGUACUGCCUAAAGACGUACUGGGGAAAUCGACAUUCGAGUUGGCAAUGACACUAUUGAGGUGGUUCUCACUGCGUACAGUUGAUAAGAUACUGCUGUUUCUAGCAAGUUUAUUGCUCGGAAACACAGACAAAUACGGUCUAAAAAGGCCGGAAGUUGGUCCAAUGGAGCUGAAGAAUACAGAAGGAAAGACCCCAGUGUUGGACCUUGGUACAUUUGGUAAAAUCAGAUCAGGACAGAUUAAGGUUGUUCCUGGUAUCAAGAGAUUUGCCAGAGGUAAAGUCGCCUUUGUCGAUGGAGAGAUUCGUGAGGUCGAUUCCGUUAUCCUCGCUACUGGGUACCGCAGCAACGUUCCCCUAUGGCUGAAGGAAAGUGAUUUCUUUACCAAAAAUGGAUUCCCGAAAGCGCCAUUCCCCAAUGGCUGGAAAGGAAAUGCCGGAUUAUACGCAGCCGGGUUCACAAAACGAGGAUUAUCCGGUGCAUCAGAAGAUGCCAUCAGAGUAGCAGAAGACAUUGGAAAAAUCUGGAAAGAAGAAACCAAGCAAAAGAAGCCUCCUGCUGCUUGUCAUAGGCGGUGUAUUUCGCAGUUUUAAGAUAACAGCAGCAAAUACAACUAAAACUUGCGAAACUAAACAUUGUUCAGAUAACUUCAAAUUCUUUUUUUACUUCUUUUUUGUGGAUUUUUGUCUGAUUUAGGCAGUUGUUCAGUUCUGAUAAAACUACACAAAUCAGGUUGCAUAGACAUUUUAUUUAGGAACACAAAGCUCACAAAGCAGCCCUCUUCCUUAAAAGAACCCAGUCUCUAAAUAUUAGGGGCACCUUUUUGUAUAGAGGAAGAUGAGGCUUUUUACUUUUUUUUUUUUAUUUAUUUUUCUCUUUACUGUGUGAAAUACCUUGGUGUAACAAUGAAAAAUUAUAAUCAAAUUUAUAAUUGCCUCUUAUACAUAAUAUAUUUAUUGGAGAACUUCAUUUCUAUCAGAUUCUUGAUGACCAGAUUUGAUAGUAUCAGACAUUCAGACUAAUAGAACUGACUUGACAUGAUUGACCGAACUGGCGAACUCGAUUAUAAAAGUUAAACUAAAUUGUAACCAAGAUUACAUGUAACAACGAUUAUGACUCAAAUUGAAAACUCAUGUUACCAACACUGAUUAGUGAUGAACUGAUUAUCAUACCAGCCUAGAUCUUGACUCCAACCGACCUGAAAAUGACCUGAAUGGCAGCAUAUCACUUAACUAAGCUCCAAACUAGACAUUACUAUCAUCGAGCAACUUAUCUUCUUAACCAGACGAAAAAGAAUAAAAACACUAAAAGUUUACAGUGUACCAGUGGGUAGAAGCCUCAAAGAUAGAUAUGAACAGCUUGGACAUGAAUGCAACUAAAGAUGGGCAAUACCUGAACAGAAGAGGGGCUGGCCCAUUCCGUUCAGUAAGACCCAUGGUUAUUCUGUGCCUGAGAAAGACUGUCAGUUCAAGCUUGAUAGUGAUCUUAAGGUGGAAACCAAGCAAACACUAGGGUAGUAAUGUCUCUGAUGUUGCAUGUCACAUGCUACAGAGCCCACCAAAAUUUUUUGACAUUCAUCUAUGGACAGUCCCAAGUGCAGAAAAUUUCCCAGUCAGAAAGUGAUGCAGCUGAUUCAGAGUUCCCACCUGCUAUUACAUUUUAUGCAUUCCAUUCCCCACCUGUCUCUAAAAAUAGAAUGUUUUUCACCUCCCUAUAGUCGACCGAAACAAGAAAAAUCAUCAAUUUCGUGUUUAUGAGGAAGUCAGUACACAGGUAAAUAAAUGCAGAUAGAAUUUAAACUCAAGGUAUGGGGUAUAAAUUUCUAAAGGCCAUAUAUAUCAUUCUGGGUGUUAAAUCAUUUCAGUUGUAAGAAUUCCUAUUGGAUUAAAACUGAUGUACUCGGAUUCCACCCCCAUCCCAAAGUAGUUGUCAACUAAAGAAUGAAAACUAUCCCCUUUGCAUGCUCGCAGUCAAGCUCACAGCAAAAUCUCUCAAUCCAGAAGUUAUAUAUGACUUCAGUUGUAGGAGCGCUUAUCGGAUGCACUUUUAAACUAUUCUAGAAACUGACUAAUUAAAUUACGAUAGCAUAUUUAGAUUAAUCAUUUCUCAUAGACUCCACAAUAACAGCAAACAGAGCCAUUUAUCGUCGAUAACUCCUGAGGACUACCUUGAUCAGUUAACACCAGAGAAAUAUGAAUAUUUUACUUAGGAAGCUCCAUGGUAAAUUGAUAAAUGUACAAAGAUUUUCAAAAAAAAAAACAUUAUAGCAACCCCAAACGAUUUUUACCAAUCAAGUUGCCCAACACCAAUAAAUUUGAGUAUGGUCCAGCGUUAAAUCCUUCAUUUCACCUCAAUUAUUUGUAGCAGAUCUUUGAUAGUACGUCAUGGGAAUGGAUAAUUGACAAUUCAAUAUAGACCCAAAAUAUGAAAAUUCAUCAUAAAAUAGCCUAGUCUAACACUUGAAUACUCACUCAUGUCUAAAACAAGUAGCCGAAUAUAGAUAACACAAGCACCGACUUCAUACUCUGGUUUUCUAACCUAAAGCUCACAGUUUAUCAGUCAAACAGACCAACAGAAGCUUCUCAACUCUCCAAUGAAUGGUGUAAAUACAUCAGCCACUAAGAUCCUUUCACCGACGUCACUCCUCAUCCACAAUUUCUCACUACUGAAAACAGAAAAUUCCAUGUUUUGUCCCAUAUUCCCAGAAAACGCCAAUAACAGUAUACAAUAAAUACUCCUAUAAUCAGUUUAACCGUCAGCCAACAAAUAUAAUACAAUCAAAAUUAUUCUUCUUUAUUGUACAGACUUUACUUUAAAUGAUUACAAAAAAUGGUAAACAAAGAAGAAGAAGAAACAACAGAAGACAGAAAAUAAAAAUGAAUAAAUUAAUUUUAAAAAAGGGCAGUGUAGAAAUAAAAGAACCCACAUGAGACCCAUGCUGUUUGACUCAAAUCUGCAGAAGAGUUCACUCCAUGUCUCCCUUCACAAUCCUUUUACCACGACACAUUAAAAACUUUGUCAUAAAAAUAAAUGCUGAAUUAUAAACUUUGAACCUUCUAUCUCUCAAUGUCAUCUAGUGCUUUCAGCUGCAGGUUAUAUGUAUAUCUCAGGAAAGGACAAAAGGCAAUCUUUGACAAUCAAUUCUUCUUAACCAACUCUUUCUCGACCAGGUUUAAUAAUUCUUACGAAAUAAUAUGAUUCUACAUUCAAGAUAUUGUUGUGAACGAGAAUAUAUGGCUAGGAAAGCUGGCUAGAUAAGCUAAUAACAUUACAUAAUCAAUAAGCUUAUUGAUUGAUUCAACAAACAAAUCGCCUCCUGUUGAGGAAGGCCUGGACUUUGGAGGAGAGAGUGGCUAGAAAUAUUUUUUUACCUAAGUCUUCAAUACAACAUAAGACAGUCUACUAGCUAAGCAAGUCUAUCCAAAUGUCAUAGCAUGCACAAGACAGAUUGACAACAUUUGAGCAAUGAUAAGUUCAAUGGAUUGCAUAAGGACCAAAUCCUACCAAAACCAGACAUAUACAAAUGCUGAAUACUUCAAACUUCUACAUCAGAAGUUGGCAACAGUACCACCUAUUUUUGCUCAAUAAUGAAGUCUCUACCUAGUCUUUUUGGUUAAGGUCCAAGGUACAUAGGCAUUCGGUUCAACUUCUGCUGCUGAAAAGAUGUUGGAGCAAGGCCGAUAACAACAAUUUAUAUAGUUUUUGAGAUUUUUGACACUAAGGUAGUUUUCAAAUUUUUAUACUUCCUACGUUUUUUUAUUUUAAAUCACAACAUUUGGAUUUACACUUUUUACACACUCGUUUGAUAGUCUUUUGUGAUUUAUACAUUAAAAUAAUAGUCAUGUAGGAUCUUGUUAGAGUUGUCCCAAAAUAUGCUUUCAUAACAUCAACUUAUUCUAAUUUUUACACGAUAUAACUUAAGGUAAUUAUGUUAUAAAAUGUGCAUUGACAAGCGUGAAAUCUCCAACAUUGCAAUUAAAACAAAAUAGAGAAAGAAUUACUGUAAUACAAAUUGUAUUUGUCUGAAAUAUCAAUUUGUACAUCCAAACUACAUAUCACUGAUUAAGAACAACUAAAAAUGCCAUACAGACAUACAGUUCUACAAACUCUGAUACCUUAAAAAGCAAUCCUCUAAAAUCUAUCAAAUUUCAUGCUGAAGCAGGGUAUUUUUAUUGGCACAUGAUAUUAACAUUCCCUCUCAACAGUGUAUUAGAAAUUCUUCAAUUCUUUUCCUCCAUUUCCUAAUUCAGAUUUUGAUACCUAAGCUAGCAAAACAACAAAAUCUCAACCUCCCAUUUUUUCCCCUUGAUGCAUUCCCAACCAUUCAUCUAAGAGGUGGACCAACCAUAUUUUACACCCCAUCUCCUCGACCUCACCCCAACUGAACUCAGUUCCGAUUCUUCAAAAAUAUUAGAGAUAAACUUGAAGCCAGCUAAUUUGAAAUCUCUUCUGAUUAUAGAGACAGGCACGUAGAGAACUGAACUAGCAAAAAGGGUCUAUUUUGAAGA